UCAGUGAAUACCAGGAGCUGCUGGAUGUGAAGCUGGCUCUGGAUAUGGAGAUCAAUGCAUACAGGAAACUGCUGGAGGGAGAGGAACACAGACUGAAGCUGUCCCCCAGCCCGUCUUCCCGAGUCACAGUGUCCAGAUUAACAGGAUCUUCAUCCUCCCGCUCCUCUAAGAGGAAGAGAGCGGAAGCAGAGGUUAGGGAGAUGCCCGAGAUUGGAAGAGGAGAGGAGCAGUUGCUGGUGUCAGAAGAGGCUACGGCUACUGGAGCCGUCACCAUAUCACCGACUGACAUGGAUGGAAACGCAGUCACACUCAUCAACGAUACUGAGCAGGACCAGCCUCUGGGCAACUGGAGAUUGAAGAGACAGGUUGACAAUGGGGAAGAAAUCAUCUACAAGUUCUCACCAAAAUAUGUCCUGAAAGCUGGGCAGUCUGUCACUGUGUGGUCUGCCGAUGCUGGUAUGGCUCACAGUCCUCCAACUGACUUGCUGUGGAAAAGCCAGGCUUCCUGGGGCACAGGAAAUGACAUAGUUACCUCUUUGGUCAAUGCUGAUGGCGAGGAGGUGGCCAGGAGGACUGUAACCAACACUCAGGUGGAUGUAGAUGAUGUUGAUGGCGAGGAGGAGACAGUGGCACAAACG